GGAAAGAAUGCGGAGCCGCGUUCACACAGCCGGCGGGGCUCUUCCUGAAAGAGCGGGGAGGCGGGCUGCGCGCGCGCCGACCUGGCGCGGGACUCGGGGCGCCGCGCGCCCGCCGGCCCGCUCUCGGCCACCGGCCCUCGGCGCACGCUCCGCCGGGCGCCGGGAGACGCAGGGGCGCACCAUGCCUGCAGACACCCCGGGGAAGCCGAGAGGCUCGCCGCUGGCAGGAGCGCCAGCCAGCGCCAGCCGAACCCCAAAUAAGCCCCGGAGCGCGGCCGAGCACCGCAAGUCUUCCAAGCCCGUCAUGGAGAAGCGGCGCCGAGCGCGCAUCAACGAAAGCCUCGCUCAGCUCAAGACCCUCAUCCUGGACGCCCUGAGGAAGGAUAGCUCCCGCCACUCGAAGCUGGAGAAGGCGGACAUCCUGGAGAUGACCGUGAGGCACCUGCAGGGCUUGCGGCGCGUGCAAAUGACAGCCGCGCUCAGCGCCGACCCCGCCGUCCUGGGCAAGUACCGCGCCGGCUUCAACGAGUGUCUGGCCGAGGUGAAUCGCUUCUUGGCCGGCUGCGAGGACGUCCCGGCUGACGUGCGGUCUCGCCUGCUCGGCCACCUAGCGGCCUGCCUGGGCCGGCUGGGGCCCCCAGCCGCGGAGCCGCCCACGCCUGGGGUCUACCCGGGCAGGCAGCCACGGCCGGCGUCUGAAGGCCCCUUCCCGCUGCUUCGGCCCUGGGCAGCCUUCGCGCUGCCACUGCUGCCGCGGUUGACCGGGGCCUCCCCCGCCGCCUCCUUGGCGGGGCUGCGUGGCCCCGGCGAGCCCUGGAGGCCGUGGCUGCGGUGAAGCUUCCCGUUCUAGGGCCACGGCCGUCGCUGGGACUGUACGAGGGAAUAUUUAUUUCCAGAGACCGCGACGAGAGUUUUGUGUUUGUUUUUGUCUUUUCUGUGAAAGGUCUAGUCUGGUAGCGCCAGAGGCUGCGGUCCUCCUAAGUUCGGGCUCCGCGGGGCUCCGCCCCCGUCCCCAGGCCCCGCCCCUUCCCGGGCUCAGUCAUGCGCUCAGCGUCCACCUCCUGGCAGGUGGCCCUCGCGUGGGUCCGCCCAGGCGUUGCACUUGCCCUCACCUGCUCCGGAGCCAGAGACCUGCCUUGAAGUCGGGGUGUGAGGUUCCUCGGGAGGCCCAUGUAGGAGGCGACAGUAACCGCGUUUUCCAGACGCGUCCCCGCGUUGGGGCCACUGGGCCGGCUGCACCUUUCCUGCUCCUGCUCCCUGGACCCUGGAUGGGUCCCCAGCUGCUGAGUUAUGUUCUCAGGGUUCUGCCCCAAACUGGCUGUCCUGCUGUCCGUGGACAAGCCUGCCCCAGGCCAGUGUCUCCCCAGGAGAAGAGUGCCAGCAGGAAAGGAGAAAGUACCCAGGGGGUCAGGGGACGGGGUGUGGAUGCACAGGGCUUUCCCGCCUGAGUCCAGUCCUGCGAUGUGCCUGGGAAGGGAGGGGCCUUACACACAUACCCCCCAACAGUGGGCAGGGGCUGGGGUUUCAUCGUGUCCGUGCGUCUGUCCUGAGCACCCGCUGUGUGGCAGCCCCACACUACCAGCUGUGACACCAGCUGAGCAGUGUUGGGCGUCAGCCCUGGAGUUGCCGUCCGGCCCCCCCAGGUCAGGGCCCACACUGGAGUGUGUCAUUUUGAGCCUGCCUGAGGCCAAGCGGGGACUCAUCUCCCCAAGCACAGUUCAGACAGGUUACCUGCCGUCCUGCUGUCCAUCUGGCCAGGGCCCGUUGUGGCAUUGGAGAGCGAGUCACUGCCUGAGACUGGUCUGUCCCUCUGUCAAGGUUCCAGGUCUGUGCCAUGGGCAGGGAUCACCUGGGCCCUCCUCGACAGGGCCAUAUUCACCUGGCAGGGACCUCCAAGUCCCCCCAAGCCCGUGUUCCCCUGCCUUCCGGCUGCCCUGAGUGUCCAGGGCCUGGGUCAGGGGCUGCACUGUUGAACACACACACAGGCUCGGGGGCCCAGCCCUGGAAGGGAGGAGCUGUUGGUUAGGCCAGGGAGGCCCUGCUGAGCAGGGGGUUGCAGGUGGCCUGUGCUGGGGGAGCUAAAAACUUGGUUGGGGGAAGGAAGCCAAGGGGCCUCGGUGUGGAAGGGAGGGGAGGCGUGGGGCAUGGGGGGUGGAGCCUUGGGUGGGUCGGGGGAGUCAGGGGCUGCUCAGAGCUGGGCCCGGCACUUGGGAUUCUGCCACACUGACCUAGGCGAUUCAUUUUCAGGAAGGCCAGAACCAGGAGGUUUGGGGAGGGCACCACCCUUGGUUAGGUUAGGGGGUCAUGGAUGCUGAAGUGGGGGCCACAGUGGGGGCCCUGGGCAUAAUGCAGCACAAGAGGGGCUGUCUCCUUGCCCCCCACCCCACCCUAGGCUGCCCCUUCUCAGCAGCUGAUGGCAGCUGGGUCUCGGAAACAGCGCCCUCGCCCCCAGCUGUGGAAGGAAGCACACCCCUCCCCAGGCCGGCCAGUGGAGCGCGAGGGCCCAAACCAUGGAGCGCUCUACCCAGGGGGCCCUCUUUCCUCCCCCACUUCCCGCCCCCUUCUCUGUCUCCCAUGGGCUCUGGGUGGGUCAUUCCCACCCCAGCUAUUUUUAUCUUGGCUUUUGUCUCGCAAACACUUCCUGCUAAGUAGUGAUGAAACCCCUUCUCCAGGCCAGGCCUGUGGAGGGGUGAAGAGGGACCAGGACUUGGGUGGGGCUCUUGGUCACUUCCCCUCGAUGACACGGGCUUGCUCAUCUCUGGCCCCUUUUCCAGCGCAGUUCCUUCGAGGACCAAAGGUCAGUAAAAGUUUGCCGAGUUCAUGUGUAGCAUCAGCUGGUGUGCCUGCCUCUGGGUGUCAGAGCCCUGUGCAUCUGGGUCAGUCUGUCUGCCUGUGGGGCCGGGGCCGGGGCCAGGACGAUGACAGGAAAUCGUAGGUGCGAAGUCUGGAGAAAGAGCCCAGGAAAUUCGAGGUGGGACGAGGCUGGGUCCGCUCCCCACCAAGGUUCCUGCAUCGGCCUGAUUCUCUUCAGGGGCCACAGCCCCCUCCCCUCCACUGGCACCUCCUGACCCCCAAGCUGUGCCAGGCCACUCCAUCUCUGGGGCCGCACCCCUUCCGGGAUGCACCCUGGGACAAGGAAGCAGGGCCCGGCUUGACAGCCUCCCAGAAGGCCCCACCCAUCCCCCUCCUGUUAUUCAGCCAGUGAACAUAGUGACCUGGCAGCUCCUGUCUCCGAGAUGAGGUUUCAGGUGCUUCCUGCUCUCUUGUCUGUCUGUCUGUCUAACACUGUUCACUCGGGGGAGACCAGCUGUGCUUGGCUAUGGAGAAGCCAGCAGCGUGGCCCUGAGAACCGCUGUCACGGCCACAACAGCGUGCGUGGCCGCAGGUCCCAGCCCCAUCCAGCCUUCAGGCGAGCCUCCACUGUGGCCCGAUGUGGAGGCCCUGAGCCGGAACCCGGGGAGCAGCUCCCAAUUCCCGCCCCCCAGGCACUGCAUGGAACAACGAAUGCUGGUGGUUGUAAGCUGCUAAAAUGUAGGUUAAUUUGUUAUGCAAAAAACAAUAAAGUUUGUGUAAAAUUUAA